AUGAAUAAUCAAAAUGACAAUCAGACUAUUGAACAUGAGCGUGAAGAUCGCUUCGUUGGAGAGAGAAUCUACUACGAUAAAAAGACCGUUUAUUUUUUUCCAAUUGAUAAGACUACAAUUGAUCGACAAGAGAAAAUGCAUUAUCUUUGUGGAUUAUUAUGGCAAACCAAUUUUUCGGCACCUAUUCAUGAAAGGCUAUUAGAAGGUGCAAAGGUUUUGGAUAUAGGAUGCGGAGCGGGUAUCUGGAUUCAAGACAUGUGCAUGUCAUACCCUUCAUCAACAUUUUAUGGUGUUGAUAUAAACUCGCAAUUAUUCCCAAGCCGUGAACACACACCCAAGAAUUCCGAAUUAAUUACAUGUAAUGUUUUAAACGGAUUGCCUUUUCCAUCUGAGUGGUUUGAUUUUGUUCAUGUAGGUGAAAAAAUUUCGCGUCAAUCUAAUACCUUUAUUAAAUCUACUAACUCACAUAUCAUCAAAGAUACGAUUUCUUGUUACGUCAUUUACUCAACAACAAUGGAUAAAAAACUAAUUAGAGUAUGCAAGGUGAACGGUUGGAUAGAACACAUGGAAUGGGAUGCGAAAUUCAUUAAUGAAAGCCCAAAUUUGAAAAAAUUAACAGACGCAAUAGUAGAAUUCACUGCUUCGAAGAAUAUUAAUGCUAUGUUUGCGGAUAAACUUGAACAACUCUUGAUAGAUACUCAGGUGUUUUCCAAAGUUUAUCACGAGUCGAAGUAUUGUCCAGUUGGCUCUUGGUUUGGCGAUUAUGGAUCAUUGGCUGUUAAAAUAUUUUUGGAUUCGGUAUUAUGUUUAAGAGAUCAAUUGAGUAAAGUCAUGAACAUUACAACUGAAGGUAUAAAUAUUCUCUAA